UUUUAACUAUUUUUAUAUUUAUUUGUUGUUAAUCUUAUUGAUUAGCUGGAGGAUUCUGCAUAUAGUCGAAGAACCGCAUGCUUUCUGCUUUAGUGAGCACUUCACAUCAAUUAGCAUUGACCGUUUUUCAAAGACGAUGAGGACGAAUUUGUGCCCUUAUCUGGUUUCAAGAAUCAAUCCAGCUGCAGAGGAGCUGCAGACAUCUGACUUUUGACCUAAUCAGACCUUCUGGGAUAAAAAUUUUUGCUGGGACUCUUCAUCAUCUGGUGGAUAUAAAAUGCUUAUAUAUAAUUUUCUUACCAAACAAGUGACUGAUAUGAGGACAUCUUAUCAUCUUCAGAAAGAAAGGACUGAAAAGGACUCCACCAUGAAAUCUCUGUCACUCAGAAUGACAAUUUAAAUGUAUUUAUGCAGCAAAAAAGAUAUUCCUGUUAAAUAAUAUAUGCCUCUAAUCCAUCCCUCUUUGUGAAAAAAGUAUAGAUGUUAACAGAGAGGAGACCCAUUCCAUCCUAACAGCUAAUCUAAUUGCUAUCAUUAUCAAAGUGCUGGCUGUCUCAGUGAGGUGUAAUUAUGUUUGUUCAAAUAGGCUAGAAUUGGACAAAACAGAUUAGUUACCCACAUACUGCAUCCCAUUUGGAUGUCUAACAGUGACAGCAUAUUGGAUUGAGUGGCUUUUACUGGAACUGCAUGGAGACUACUGGGCUGCGGAUGAAUAACAGUGUUAACCAAAUAAGUGAAGGGGAAGAUGUGGAUAUGAUUAAAACUUUGUUGCCCUUCUUGGAUGGGUUUAUCCUGCUGAGUGGGCUGAUUGGUCAAACCCUGGUGAUAAUUAUUCUCACAAGCAGAAGGAAGAAAGAAAGUCAGCCCCCUCACGGUACCGACACUCUGCUGCUGGCUCUCUGCGCUGCUGACCUGUUGCUCCUGGUCUGCCAGCCCUUCCAUACCUUUGCUAUCACACGGGGCGCCUGGCCUUUUGGCAGCUUCCUCUGCAAAGCAAUCAGCUUCCUUGGAGUCGCCUGUUCGACUGCCUCUGGGUUCACCCUGGCAGCUUUGGCAGUAACCCGCUACUUUAUAGUGGUGCAUCCCACCUGGAGCUACCGUGCAAGGAUGAAUAAGAGAAUCAAAGUCAUAGUGGCUCUGCUCUGGAUCCCCGCCUCUGCUUUGGCAUUACCACAGUUUGCCUUCCGCACAAUUUCAUUUUCCAACACUGUGUACUGCUUCGCCUUCCUUUCCGACCUCAGCCGCAUGGUCUACAGCAUCGCUCUGUUUCUAUGUGGCUUUGCUCUUCCUUUAAGCAUAAUCGUAGUCAUGUAUGGGAAAAUCUAUUGUUUCCUUCAGCACACUCGGCGGAUAGGGAAUGCCCCACAGCUGGAGCGCUACCAACGGCAGGUCACUCACACCUCGGCUCUCCUAGUGUUGGUUUUCACUGUAAUGUGGCUGCCCUCCUACAUCCUCAUGUUCUCCAUCAUCAGUGGAACUCCAACCGGCUCGCCAGGCUUCAACACCUUUGCCCUCCUAGCCAGAGUCUUGUCUUCCUCCGUCGCUGUCGUCAACCCUGUGCUGUAUGGUUUUAUGUCUCAGAAGUUUAGAAGAGAUUUGGUGGAAAUGGGGAGAAAAUGCUUGGCCAGGUGCCAGAGGUGUCUGAUGUGGUGUUUUUGUUUAACAAGGCGGGACGCAGUCCGGCCGUUUAAGCAAGAUACUAGCUCAGAGAGAGCCUAAAACUUGCUCUGUUUCAAAAUCAACAAAAGACUAGAUACAAUGGAAGGAGAUAGUAAAUG